CAGGCAAGGCACCAAGGAAUAAGGAAUUAUCUACCUUGCAGUACUUGCAUACCGAUUGACCCAUUUGUAUGACCUUUGAUAAGGCUAAUGUCCAUGGUAUUCAUAUUCAGUUAUAUGCCCGGCCAUUCUUAAUUUAUUUAACAUUAAAGUAACAGGAAAACCAAGGUAUUACAGCUUAGCAUUCCGUUGUCAGGCGGAUGCAAACUUGCAGUGAUCUUUAUCUAAGUACCCGCCGUAUCAUUUAAACCGGAUCUUUAUUACAUUUUAGGAACAUAAUGGCUGCAGAAUCGGAGGAAAAAGCUUUGCGUUAUAGAAGAGCUCAAAGUGUAACGCGAGCCGAAGAAAUUACAGAACAAGAAACCAAAGCAAGGAAGUCACAGCAAGAUAAACCAAUCCAUAAGCCAAGAGACUCCUUGUUCUCAUGGAGCUCCGGGUUCAAGAACUUCACAGGCCUGGUGAACUGGGGGUUCCUCAUGCUGUCCAUUGGAGGCCUACGCUUGUGCCUUGAAAAUUUCCUCAAGUAUGGUUUUCGUGUGAACCCCAUAGAAUGGUUCAUAAUCCUCACUGGCCGGAAUGAGGGUGCCCAAAAUGAAUUCCCAUCAGUAGUAUUAAUAAUUUUCUCUGUUGUACUUGUUGUUGCAAGCCUUCUGAUAGAGAAAGCCAUGGCUGUGGAUAUGAUAUCCGGAAAAUUCGGAAGUAUCCUACAAGUAUGCUACCUUAUUACACUGGUGACUUUGCCUGUGGUUGUCUUACAAUACAAGGGCCAAGAAUUUAGUGUUGUGGGGAGGACAACAGUGUGUUUUAUUUAUUUAAUAUUAUUCUUGAAAUUAUGGAGCUAUGCCCAAACCAAUCACUGGGUCCGUAAAGGAGUGAAGGGCAAAUUCUCCAAGAACACUUUGCGGAGACAGAGUCUAUCUGCACCCAAUUACAGUGAGCUCAUUAACGCGGAACAAGAUCAAACCAUAGAGGAGGAGAAAGGCGACGCGUUCGCAGUUGCCGGGCUUGUGAGGUACCCCGACAACCUCAACCUCAAAGACCUGUUUUACUUCCUGCUCGCGCCUACCCUGUGUUAUGAGUUGAAUUUCCCCCGCACUACACGAAUUCGCAAGCGCUUCCUGAUCAAACGUCUCCUCGAGGUGGUAUUCGGCGUGAACCUGGUGCUGGCGCUGUUCCAGCAGUGGAUGAUUCCGUCCGUCACCAACUCCAUCGUCACCUUCUCCAGGAUGGACUACCUGAAGAUGUUGGAGAGACUCCUGAAGCUUGCUGUACCAAACCACCUCAUGUGGCUGUGCUUCUUCUACCUGACCUUCCACUCGUUCCUGAACCUAAUGGGCGAGUUGAUGCACUUUGCCGACCGGCACUUCUACGGCGACUGGUGGAACGCGAACAACAUCGGCACUUUCUGGCGCACGUGGAACCUGCCCGUGCACAAGUGGGCCGUGCGCCACGUGUACAUUCCUAUAACCGAGAUGGGGUACAGCAAAACUACCGCCAGCGCCGCUGUGUUCCUCAUCUCAGCGCUGUUCCAUGAGUAUUUGGUAAGCGUCCCUCUGCAAAUGUACCGCGUGUGGGCGUUCCUAGGCAUGAUGGCGCAGCCCCCGCUGUCGGUGAUCUCUCGCUUCGCGGAGGUGCGGCUCGGGCCGCGCUACGGCAACCUCAUCGUCUGGAGCUCCAUCAUCCUCGGCCAGCCGCUCGCCAUCAUGAUGUAUUAUCACGACUACGCGCUCCAGCACUUUAAAGCGCAGGAACAGUGAAUACUGGAUAGAAAAUGUGUCAUUUUCAAUCAAAAAGUACCAUUUUAGCGCUUGCCAUAAGGACGCUUUGAAGUUAUUCCAGGCGUGGCUCACUCCGCGAUUUCGUCGCUUUGCUACAGGUAGCUACAAUAACAUUCGUUCCACACCAAUUUUGGUGGCUAGCCAUAAGCUGCGCGUGGCGCUGACGCCACCUAGCGUCCAUAUCUGUCCUGAUCGUAACAGACACGUUUUAUUAGAGAGUGAGUCUUCUGUACCUAGUAUUCGUAAGAUAUGUAGGUACAAGCAAAUUUCGUCUUUAUGAUAAGCGACAAACUGGUACCUUAUUCUUGAAAAUGGCAAAUAUUAUCUUCGAAAGUCAUUAGUUCAUUAAAAUGAAUAGUUCAAAUAUUUCCGGUAUUUUAGAGUUAGAUAUUCGUAAGGACGGAGCGGUUUUGACUUACCAUCCGUUAAUGAGUGUAGUUAUAGCGUACGAUUUUUUAAUACAAAACUAAAUGUUUCAAAUAUUUGUCCUAAGAAUAAACUGUUAGGUCUUACGAGGAUGUGGGUAAUUAUAGAGAAAACAUCGAUUAUUACUUCCUUAAUAGUACUUUAUGUGACUGCUACAUAAUGAAAGGCAUUAAAACACGAGUGUGGGUUUAAGAAACGAACAAAGUGAGUUUCUUAAAAGGAACUCACGAGUGUUUUAAUGCCUAAUUAUGUACAGUUACAUACAAUACAUUUACAAAACGUGAAUAACUAACGAAGCAUUUAUUUAACAACUGUUUUAUAAAACUAUACAUACGGACCAAAUUUGGUGCCAAAUAUUUUAAUUAAUAAUUAUUAUUAAUAAUAAGCCAAAUUAUUAAACAUUUUACAUAUAUUGUGUGCUAAAUAUAGAUAUAUAACAGAAGCUCGAUUAAAGUGCCAUUCCUUGAUAAAUCAAUUUAUAAUCAUAAUGAGGGUUUUUGGGGUUAGGUGGAGGGUACUGGGUACUUUAUUUAUAAUGUGCUAGUUAUUAUAUUAUACUUGUUAACUAUAUUGAGGCAUGUGGGUGCAAAUGUAUAAGACUGAGUCUUCACACUACGCUUUGUGCCUUAUUAUGCGCUUGUGAUAAACCAUAUCGUUGUGACAACCAAAACUCACUAAAUACUAAAAAAUGUUUAAACAUAAAUCAACCUUAAAUUGCUACUAAUACGGUUCACUAUUGCUAUGGACUUGUAGUGGUAAUUAGUGAGUUUUGUUUGUCACGAUAUUUUAAUAGAAGUUCAUGACAAUAUUUUAUAUAUUAAUAGUUCAAGGAGGUAUUUAUGAAUAAGUACAAUAUUUUUGUAAAUGUGAAUUUUUAUAAUGGCAAUAAUAAUUCACACGAGAUUAUUAUUAAAUAUAGCAUAAGAGUUAAUUGUUAUUUUCUGGAUCAAAUUAUUUUUUUAUAAAAGAUGUCUGUUAUUUUGUAUUGCAUUUAUUUAUUUUUAUUAUUUAUUGAAUUCCAUUAAUUUUUACAUAUAGAACCAUAUUUUCUUAAUUAGGUUUAAUAUUCCUUAUAUAUUAUAUAAAAUUUCUACUUACUAGGUAAGUAAAUCUAUUUUUAUCCUUUGAUAAUAACAAUUAAAUUCUAUUUGAAGCAAGAAAGUUGUAAUGCUUUAAUAUUUUAUAGAAUGCUUGAAAAUAAUUUGCAUGCAAGUUACUAUAAUCAGUGCAUAUGUCGGCGGCCGAUCGUAAGAUCAGGCAUAUCGUGAAAUUCCUAGGCAUAUCGUGAAACGUGAAAAUCUUUGACUCGUUCCCUGAGUCGACGGAGCCCGCGGGGCUCCUAUUUCUGGGCAGUUUGCCCUUCGCGCAUUUGAAGCAACCUAACGAACCUAUCCUGCCUAUGUAAUAUUGGUUUAAUGUGACUAUCGUCAAAACAUUACACAGGAACAUUACGAUCUCCCUGAUCUUACGAUCGGCCGCCAACACAUAAAAUGAAGUUGGUUAUGUGAAUGAAGUUAAAUAUUGAAUUAUGUAUUUUUACUACUGAAAGUUUAUUAAUAUAUCGUUUUAAAUUAAAAUGUGUUUUAAUUAAAAA